AUGCUGUGCAAAGGAAAAAUUUUAAAAACUUGCGAAAACCAUCAAAGAGGAAUCGCUCAAGCAAGAAACAAACCGGACAAAAUUACACAGGCCAAGAGAGUAGAAACUAAUGCAACAGUAUCAGAAAACGCAGGCAGUAAAACGGAAGAUGGAACGAGUAUGGGAGCAGAAUUGGAAGAAGAAAUAGUGAAAGAAAUAGACAUGGAAGAAGAGGUAGAAGAAGAGACAGUGAAUGAGAACGGUUUAGAAGAAGAAACGGAAGAAGAAUCAACAAAUAAGACCGAUACGGAAGAAGAAAUAACAAAUGAGACAGACAUGGAAGAAGAAAUAAUAAAAGAGAUAGAUAUGGAAGAAGUGGAAGAUGAUAAUGUAAUGGAAAAAGACUCUACAGAUGUCUCCGAAAACGUGGAUGAAAACGUAGUUAAAGAGGUAAAAGUGACUAAAGAAGUUGAGAAAGAUGAAGUGAAAGUGAAAGAUACCGAGACACAGGCUGACAAAGAAGUGACGAAAUAUAUAGAUGUUAAAGAAGACAUGGAAAAAGAAAUGAAGAUGCGAUCGUAUAUUGAAAAAGAAAUGGAAAACGGUACUACGGAACCACUUGCUAGAACUUCUUGA